ACAAAGUUACAAUCUUUCUUCCUACACCAUAUUAAAACCUCCAUAGGUGAAUCAUUGAAAAACCCAUUUCCCAAGUUUCCAAAUUUCCACUGAACAUAGAAGAAGAAACCCCUCCCGGUCAAGCAAAUUCGCCAUGGAUCCUCAGCAACGGAGAACAGAAACUGGCCACCGUCCUCCAGUCGGAGAACCCGGCGGCGAUGUAACUUCGAUUUUCGUUGCGUUCGGUGUUUUCAUUGCAAUCGCCGCUUUGGUCAUGUUCCCUUCAUCGUUGGUGCACCAAGUUCCUGAAGGUCACGUUGGAGCGUAUUGGAGAGGUGGUGCUCUUCUCAACAUGAUUACAGAGCCAGGUUUUCAUCUGAAGUUGCCUUUCAUAACCAACUACGAGCCUGUUCAAGUCACUCUCCAAACAGAUCAGGUUAAGGAUAUACCAUGUGGUACCAAAGGAGGUGUCAUGAUUACCUUUGAGAAGAUAGAGGUUGUUAAUCGUUUGCGUAAGGAUUAUGUUUAUGACACUUUGCUCAACUAUGGUGUGAACUAUGAUAACACAUGGAUAUAUGACAAGAUACAUCAUGAGAUCAACCAGUUCUGCAGUUCGCAUUCGCUUCAGCAAGUGUACAUUGACAUCUUUGACCAGAUUGAUGAACGAAUGAAAGAGGCUCUCCAGGCUGAUUGCACACGUUAUGCUCCAGGAAUUGAAAUUAUUAGUGUGCGUGUCACAAAACCGAAAAUUCCAGAGAGUGUAAGGAGGAACUUUGAGCAAAUGGAAGAGGAACGCACUAAGGUCUUGAUUGCUAUUGAGAAACAAAGAGUUGCUGAGAAAGAGGCAGAGACCAAGAAAAUAAUGGCCAUUAGUGAAGCCGAGAAGAACGCCAAUGUUAGCAUGAUUCUGAUGCAACAGAAGCUGACUGAGAAAGACAGUUCACGGAGAGAAGCAGAUAUCGAGAAUCAGAUGUAUCUUGAUCGUCAAAAGAGUCUCGCGGAUGCAGAUUACUACCGAGUACUGAAAGAAGCUGAAGCUAACAAGUUGAAGCUCACCCCUGAAUUUCUCGAGCUCAAAUUCAUCGAUGCCAUUGCCCGUAACACCAAAAUGUUCUUUGGGGACAAGGUACCUAACAUGGUGUUGGAUCAAAGGCUACUUGGGAACUUCCUCAAUCAUUCGGCAAAAGACAAAUCUAGUGAUGGGAACUUGGAAACGGCCACUGAUUCUUAGACUAGAUGUUUCAGGCUUCUCCCAAAACAAAACCUUAUUUUUAUUAUUGCAUAACUUAGUACUGAAAUUUGUAAGCAUCUCUUGUGGCUAUCAUCGUACUGCAACAUGAUUCCCUAAUAAACAAAGUUUUUGUCUGAUAAGGAAUCUCAUUGGGACUUGAGCUUAUUCGUGUAAUACCAUAACCCGUUUUUAUCA